AUGUCAGGCUCAGACAUCUGCCUCUCCUGCUACGUCUACCUCACCUUCUCCUUCCUGGACGAGGCCACGGCCAGCCAAAUCGGCAGCAUAUGCACGGAAACAGACAAUGGGAAGCUGCGCGGGUACGUCUGCUCCACGGACGAGGGCGCUGAGGUCACGGUGGCGCAGGCGUUUGGGAGUCCGCCAGUGGUGAAUGGCGGCGGGACGUCGGUGGGGUUUCUCUUCACGGAGAUGUUUGUGCGCCAGCCCGCUGGCUCCACCAUGCGCGUCCCCUCCAUCCGCGUGGACCCCCUGGCCAUGAAGGGAAUCGGGUACAUCAUGGUGCCAUCCAAGGGACCCACUCCUCUCCCUGGGGCCUUUGACGCCAUGCCCUUCAUUGCAGGCAACAACAGCAAGGCGUCGCUCGCAACUACCCCGUUCAGCAGCAACACAGUGCUGACAGUCACACCCACCGCCUUCCCUGCCCUCUCCAUGAGUGCUCCUGCCAAGGAGUCGUUGACUCUCAGUGCCAGCAUAAUCCCCCCUGCUGCCCCUGGUGCCGCUGCCCGCCUCAUACAACCUCUCCUUGUACAUUGGCAAGGACGUG